AGUGUAUUAAAAUUUAAACAUACUUGUUUCAAAAUCAUUUGAGUCUCGUUAUCGUUCAACUUGUCGACGCCGGGGAACGGCGGUUCACAUCGUUCAAGGUUGUGGCACAGAUAGUCUUCAACGGCAAGCUUAAUUACCCUUAUCCCAAAGAAUAUAUAAGCUGCAGUUCUAUUUUGUGUGAGAAGACCAACGUUUGAACUAGAAAGUUAGCCUUAAAGACAAAGAUUAUUUCUACCUUUGGGGAGAGAUAAACAGAAAUGGCUAAUGAGGAUGCCAAUGUUUUGUCCAAAUCAUAUCCCAUGGUGGGUGCAGAUGGCCCUCUAAGCUAUACUAAAAAUUCUCAGAUUCAGAGGGGAGUAGUGGAUGGUGCUAACGAAUUGGUGAGUGAGGCAAUAUCUGAAAAGCUUGACAUGAAGAUACUCCAAUUUGGUACUUCCAACGAUUUUCGAAUAGCUGAUUUUGGUUGCUCUGUUGGACCUAACACUUUCAUUGCCAUGGAAAACAUCAUAGAUGCUGUUGAGAAAAAAUUAAACAAUGCUGAACACCAACCUUCAGCCGUAGAAUUCCAAGUCUUCUUUAAUGAUCACUCCAACAAUGACUUUAACACUCUCUUCAGGACCCUUCCUCCCUCGAGAAAAUACUUUGCUGCUGGAGUGCCAGGUUCUUUUCAUGGCCGCUUGUUUCCCAAAUCCUUUCUGCAUAUUUCACACUCCUCCAGUGCUCUGCACUGGCUAUCCAAGGUUCCAGAAGAAAUUGUGAAUAGGAAAUCUCCUGCAUGGAAUAAAGGUAAUAUACAGUGCACAGGCUUUGUGAAAGAAGUUGUGGAGGCAUAUUUUGGUCAGUUCAAAAUUGAUAUGGAGUCAUUUCUGAAUGCAAGAGCAGAAGAACUUGUACCUGGAGGGUUAUUGAUCAUUCUACGAUCUACUUUACCAAAUGGAGUCCAUUUCUCUAACACUUUCAAGGGUAAACUUUAUGAUUUGCUGGGAUCAUGCCUCAAUGACAUGGCGAAGAUGGGAUUAAUUAGUGAAGAAAAAGUAGACUCCUUCAACUUCCCUAUAUACUAUCCAUCUCCUGAAGAGUUUGAGGCAGUCAUACAAAGAAAUGGAAAAUUUACCAUCGAGAAAACAAGCCUGUUUAUUAUUCCAAUGAAGGACAUAGCAGUGUCUAUUCAGUUUGGUGUCUCACAAGUACGAGCUGUUUAUGAAGGAGUUAUUCAGCAGCACUUUGGAAACGAGCUUGCAGAUCAAGUAUUCAAUUAUUUUAACACAAAGUUUGAAGAGAAUAUCUUCACCAUAUUGGAAGAAAAAUGUGAUAAUAGGGUUGAACUAUUCAUGGUACUCAAGCGAAAGUGUCUAGCAUAGCUGUGACACCAACCACUGGAAGAAAGCCAAAAUUUUGGUCUCCUGAUUAGCCAAUUUUUCAUCUUCUCUUUCCAAUAAGCUAUAGCAAGAAAAAAAAAGUGUCUUUGAGAUGCCUAGUAAUUACAUCAACGGGAUGCAAAUACGUGUAGUUGUUUAAGUGUAUAGAUGUAUACAAGGUGAAGCUUAUUAUUUUAAUUAUUUGAGCAUUUAUAAGCUGAUGGAUGUCAUAUAUAUUAUAGAUCAUCUUCAAUCUAAUAG